CCCCCACCCCCCCACCCUCUAAACCGACUCAGCAGGUACCAAACCCCCAAAAAGGGGGGGGAACAGAGAGAAAGAGAGGAGCGGCCGCGUGCCCCCGCGCCCCCGGCCAACGGAAUUAUGUACAGGGGGGCAGCAGGGUGGGGGGAGGACCAGGGCAUGGCUGCACUCCCCACCCCCACUCCGGGUUUGGCUGCUGGGGGGGGGGCUGUGCGGCACCAGGCACCAGCACCGGGCACCACCGCCGUUUGGGCCAAAUUGGCCCCGAAUUUGGCCGCACAGCUCCGGCCGUGUCCCCGUCGCAGGUGUUCGACGCCUCUGCCAGCGACCGCGGGGGCUCGGUGCGGGGCGGGCGCUCCGUGUCCGGGCUGCUCCGGGGCCCCCGGGUUUGGGCGCCCCGGGGUGCGCGCGCCUCCCGGUGCCUGCGGGGCCACGUCCCGGCUGCGUGUCCGUGGGGCAGCGCCUGCGUGCAGGGCCUCGUGUGUCCCCACUGCAGCACAUCCCAGCCUCAGCACAGCCCAGUUUGUUCCGGCACAUCCCAAUUCCAGCACAUCCCAGUUUGUUCCAGCACAUCCCAGUUUUGGCUCAUCCCAGUCUCAGCGCAUCCCAGUUUGUUCCAGCACAUCCCGGUUUGUUCCGGCACAUCCCAGUGUUGCCACACCCCGACUUUUGGUGCAGUUUUGGCGCAUCCCAGGCUCGGCUGCUCCUCGGCCGUGGCCGUUGGGGGGGGGGGGGAGGUGGGGGGCAGGGGGCGCAGACCCCCAGUGCCCAUCGUGGGGGAUUGAGGCAGGUUGGGGAUGGGCCAGCGCGGGGUCAGGGGGUGGGGGGUGGCAGUGUAUGUGUGUGUGUGUUGGGGGGGGGGGGGGGGGGGGGGGGGGUGUCCCACUCACCCUGGGGUCUGGGGGGUGGGGGGGGGAGUGGGGCAUGCCGGGCCCAGCCCCCUGUGUUCCCCCCCCACCCCCCCACCCCAUGGUGGCCCCCCCCUGCCUGGAGCUGGUUUUGGUCCUGUUUGGUGAGAAAAAAGCUCCAAGCAGGGGGCUCCCCCUGUGGGUGCCGGGGGGGGGGCGGGGGGCAGAAGUCCCAUCCCAUUCCCCCCUCCCCCCCCCCCCCGGGCCAAUGGGACACGGGUGCUGGGGGGGUUCUGGGGGGUGUCCAGAUUGGUCUGGGGUGGGGGAGGAGGGGGUGUCCAUCCUUCCUGAGCAUGUGGGGGGGGGGUGUCUGUGUGUGCCCCCCCCCCCCCCCCCCGCCCGCAGGACUGAGCCCCCCACGGGCACCACUGGGGUGUACCGGGGGGGGGGGCAGCUCUGCAACUGGGGGGGGGGGGCACCCAAGGGUGCUCCUCUGGCACCUCCGGACCGGGCUCAGUAGGGCCGGUUGGCGUCCUUCGGCCGCUUGAGCUGCACCUUGAGGCGCUUCAUCCCGAUCUGGAAGCCGUUCAUGGCCUGGAUGGCCGCCUGCGCGCUGGCCGGGUUGUCAAAGCUCACGAAGCCGAAGCACUUGCUCUGGUUGGUGGCGCGGUCGACGAAGACCUUGGCGGAGAUGACGUUGCCGAAGGGCAGGAACAUCUGCAGGAUCUCGGUGUCGGCGAACUCCUGGGGCAGGUGGUAGAUGAAGA